CCUGUUUGGUUGCAUCCCUUUCAUUGGGAUAAGGGACAGGAUUGCCUAAAACUGUGAGGAGUGUAGGUGUUCAUAGAGGACCUGUUUGCGGGCGCAGGUUGCGUUUUGAGGGUGUUUGAACAUUGCUGCAACAUUGUUGCGCUCCGCCGCUGAAGACAGGACAAAAAGUCGGCGUUUAGCGGUCCAGCAGUGAAAGGAGCUACACAGCCGCUUGAUCAUUGUGUGUUGUGGUGUUGUAGGCCCGUUUUGGAGAUCGCUGUGCCCUCUGAGAGAAGUCAGCUUGAACCCCGACUGAUGGCCGGCUUCAGCUUCGUGUGCGCUGUGCUCCUCUGCGCCGCUGUGGCGCAGACCAAGCCGACGCUGAGAAAAGAGAGAGUUCAUCAUGAGCCAGAGCUAAGCAGGCAAGCCCACGAAGACAAUAAGAGCUUCCAGUAUGACCAUGAGGCCUUUCUGGGCAAAGAUGAGGCCAAAACAUUUGAUCAGCUCACCCCUGAAGAGAGCAAGGACAGGCUCGGAAAAAUUGUGGACCGAAUAGACAGCGAUGCAGACGGCUACAUCACCACAGCUGAACUCAAGGCUUGGAUAAAGCGCGUACAGAAGCGUUAUGUGUAUGAGAAUGUAGCCAAGGUGUGGACUGAUUAUGACCUGAAUAAGGACAAUAAGAUUUCCUGGGAUGAGUACAAACAAGCCACAUAUGGAUACUACCUCGCCAACCCGGAAGAAUUUGAAGACGCCACGGACCAGUUCAGCUUCAAGAAGAUGCUCCCUCGUGAUGAGAGGAGGUUUAAAGCAGCUGAUCUGAACGGGGACCUGGCAGCAGACAGAGAAGAGUUCACAGCCUUCCUCCACCCUGAGGAGUUCGAACACAUGAAGGAUAUCGUGGUUCUGGAAACCUUGGAGGACAUUGACAGGAACAGUGACGGGCAUGUGGAUGAGGACGAAUAUAUCGCGGACAUGUUUGCACAUGAGGAUGGUGGUCCAGAACCAGAGUGGGUCAAGACUGAGAGGGAACAGUUCUCUGACUUCCGAGACUUGAACAAAGAUGGAAAAAUGGACCAGGAUGAAAUCCGUCACUGGAUCAUGCCACAGGACUAUGAUCAUGCACAGGCGGAGGCCAGACAUCUGGUGUACGAGUCUGAUCAGGACAAGGAUCAGAUGCUGACUAAAGAGGAGAUCCUCGAGAAUUGGAACAUGUUUGUGGGAAGUCAGGCUACUAACUAUGGAGAAGACCUCACCAGGAACCACGACGAGCUCUGAGCUCUCACUGCAGCUUCGUGUGCGUGUGUGCGUGUGUGUGUGUGUGUGUGUGUGUGUGUGCGAGGAGCGCUGGUCUACAAAGACACAAUCACACACAGUGACAGUAAGAGUGGGACAGAUGUCAGUUUGUUAGACUUCAAACCAACAUUGUACCAAAUGAGAGGACGCAUGAGUGUCAAUCCUACCACUAACUCUGUGGGUCUGUUUCAAUCUUCGUAUCGAUGUUGUGCUUCUGACAUUCAGGAGCAAAGCCAGACCCCGUGGACUUCCUUUCCAACAAUGGUGCCUUCCAGCCGAAUCGCCAGAUUCAUUGCCUCAGAGAUUUGUGUAGAUAGUCUGUAACAAAACUUGUCAAAGCUUAGUAUUGUCAGACAUGGGAACAAUUUUUGAUGCUAAUGUGAAACCACAGCUCAGAACGUUUGUUCUGAAUUUAUUUAUUUAUUAAAUUGCUUCUGAACUUUAGGUUUGAGAGGAAUAUAGUGUUCUACUAAAGGUCUUUUCCUUUUCAGAAAAACAGACAACACAAAUUUAGGUUUUUUUCGUUUGUUUGUUUACAGUUUUAUUGUCCUGAUAACUAAAGACUUUUUAUAUCCUUUAAGUAUUUUAAGAAUUGUUGAUUACUGUUGUUUAAUGGCAUGGUUUUUGCACGCAUUUGGUUUUAGUGUAGCCUGUGAAAAAAAUGUUUCUCCACAUUUAGUUUGAAAUGUAUUUAUUGGUAUACGUAAGGCCAACUGUGUGCUCAGUGUUCACAUUUUCACUUUUUGAUGUUUCAUUUUUAACUUUAUCUGUUUACAACUGUCUGAUUUUUAAGGUCAAUUAGGCUAAGGCCUACUGAAUAUGUAAGAUGGAAAUAAAGUUUCCCUUCCUUGA